AUGGUGAGACAGCUUGUUUGGCAACGGGCCACUGCCUCGCGCAGGUUAGCGCCAGCAUGCCUCUCUCCGCAGCGCCUAUUUGCUCGCCGCGGCCUCGCAACCGAAGCGUCGCAAUCGCGCAUGCCGCCAUACCCGAAGACUCUACGAAAUUUGGAGCAGGUGCGACGUGUACUAGGGUCAUCUCGAUCUCUCACCUUGGCGGAAAAGAUCCUCUACGCUCACUUGGAUAACCCGGAGGAGUCAUUGCUGUCAGGAACAGACAAUGGACGAGACAUUCGCGGCAAGGCCAAUCUGAAACUUAAGCCUGAUCGCGUUGCCAUGCAGGAUGCGUCUGCUCAAAUGGCUUUGCUACAGUUCAUGUCCUGCGGAUUGCCGUCAACUGCAGUGCCAGCCAGCAUCCAUUGUGAUCAUAUGAUUGUCGGUGAACGCGGUGCUGAUACGGAUCUACCAGCAUCGAUUGAGGGAAACAAGGAAGUCUUCGAUUUUCUUGAGAGUGCAGCGAAACGUUAUGGGAUCGAGUUCUGGCCCCCUGGUGCGGGUAUUAUCCACCAGAGUGUGCUGGAGAAUUACUCGGCCCCAGGCCUGAUGAUGCUAGGUACGGACAGCCAUACACCGAAUGCAGGCGGUCUUGGGGCGAUUGCCAUUGGUGUUGGAGGUGCAGAUGCAGUUGAUGCGCUGGUUGAUGCACCAUGGGAACUCAAAGCGCCCCGGAUUUUAGGUGUUCGUUUAGAGGGCAAGCUCAAUGGCUGGGCAUCACCCAAGGACAUCAUCCUGCACCUGGCUGGUAAACUCACUGUACGUGGCGGUACUGGAUUUGUGAUCGAGUACCACGGGCCGGGUGUUGACACGCUUAGCUGCACUGGCAUGGCGACAAUCUGUAACAUGGGUGCCGAGGUUGGCGCUACUACCUCUAUCUUCCCUUUCUCCCCGAACAUGGUGCCUUACCUGGAGGCUACGGGCCGUGGUCAUGUUGCCAAGGCGGCUGCAGAGAUUGCAGCCUCCGGUCCCCAGAGUCUCCUGCGAGCAGACCCCGAAGCGGAAUACGACCAGCUUAUCACCAUUGACCUGUCAACGUUAGAACCGCACCUCAAUGGGCCGUUCACGCCUGACCUGUCAGUACCGCUGUCCCAAUUUGCUGACACCGUGCGCCAGAAUAAGUGGCCUGAGACGUUCGGUGCUGGCUUGAUCGGUAGCUGCACUAACAGCUCAUAUGCGGACAUGACCCGGGCAGAGGACCUAGUCAAGCAAGCAUCCGCUGCCGGCCUUAAGCCCAAGGCUGAUUUCUUCAUCACCCCUGGAAGUGAGCAAAUCAGGGCAACACUGGAGCGCGAUCAGACGCUGAAGACGUUCUCCGAGGCUGGAGGCAUCGUGCUGGCCAAUGCGUGUGGGCCUUGCAUCGGCCAGUGGAAACGAACAGACGGUGUUCCUAAGGGCGAAGAUAAUGCUAUUUUCACAUCGUAUAAUCGUAACUUCCCUGGCCGUAAUGAUGGCAACCGGCGGACGAUGAACUUCCUCGCAUCGCCUGAACUGGUCACGGCCCUGGCCUACUCCGGUCGCACCACGUUUAAUCCGAUGACGGACACCCUGACAACACCCAGCGGUGAGAGCUUCAAGUUCAGUCCCCCCACUGGCUCUCAGUUGCCUGCAGCUGGUUUUACGGAGGGUAAUCCUGCUUUCAAGCCUUCUGCUGCCGUUCCGGAUCCUACCUGCGAGGUAAUUGUUUCCCCCACGUCAGACCGCCUGGCCUUGUUGGAGCCAUUCGAUCCUUUCCCUGCUGGUGAUCUAUCAGGCCUUAAGGUCCUGUACAAGGUUAAGGGUCAAUGUACGACGGAUACUAUCUCCGCUGCCGGUCCCUGGUUGAAGUAUAAGGGCCACCUGCCCAACAUCUCUGCCAAUACACUGAUUGGUGCCGUCAACGCGGCAACCGGGGAAACGAACGUGGCAUAUGAUGAGGCCGGCAACAAACACUCCAUCCCUGACCUGGCUGCUCAAUGGAAGGCUAACGGCAUCUCAUGGUUGGUCGUUGCCGAGGAUAACUACGGUGAGGGCAGUGCCCGCGAGCAUGCAGCAUUGCAGCCUAGGUACCUAGGCGGGCGCAUCAUCGUGGCCAAGAGUUUUGCUCGUAUUCACGAGACAAACCUUAAGAAGCAGGGUGUGGUGCCUCUGACCUUUGCCGACAAGGCGGAUUAUGACCGUAUUGACGCUUGCGACCAAAUUGACACGGUGGGACUGUAUGAUGUACUCCAGUCGGGCGGCCAGGGCAGCAUCCAGCUGCGUGUGACGAAGAAGCAGACGGGCGAGACUAUCACAAUUCCAGUGCAACACACGCUUAGCAAGGAUCAGUGUGCGUUUAUACUGGCGGGUAGUGCCUUGAACCUCCUGGCCAAGAAAGCCAGAGGACAGUAG